AUGAGUCAGGUAUGCAUCAUUUCCGGAUGUAGUCGUGGAAUUGGGAAAGCCAUCGCUACCACGCUUGCAGAACGCGGAUACGCUCUUGGAUUGCUUGCAAGGAGCGAAGAGGUGUUUUUGGUUCAGCAUCUCUGUGAAAAAAGUAAAGAUCUGUGUUCAUUAUUAAUGCAGACGGAAAAAAACAUGUCGCUCUUCAUAUGGCAUGUCUCUCCUCUUCUUUCAAGAUCAUCUGUGUCCAAAAUCGUUUCCGAAUUGGGGAAACCUGUUGGUUUAGUGAAUGUCGCAGGUAUUAACAUCGACAGUCUGGCAAUCCGAGCCAAGAAAAGCGAACUGGAAGCCUUGAUCGAAACCAAUAUUCUAGGAACCGUGUCAAUGACCCAAGCCGUUCUCCCCCACAUGAUGAAACAGAGAAAGGGAAGUAUUGUCACGCUGGGUAGUAUCGUGGGCGAGGGAGGACGAGUGGGUCAGUCCGGAUAUGCCAUGACAAAGUCCGCCUUGCUUGGCUUUUCUCGCUCGGUGGCGAAGGAGAUGGGCAGAUUCAAUGUGCGAAGCAAUGUGGUGGAGCCGGGCUUCAUUGCCACGGACAUGACCGAGAAGUCGGUGCGAGAUCGCGAGGAACUGGUGAAAAAGAUCAGUUUGGGACGAAUGGGAAGCGUGGAGGAAGUCGCGAAUGUGGUGUCCUUUUUGCUUUCGGAUGCUGCUUCGUACAUUACAGGAAGUGUGAGAAACUCGACGGUGUUGUAAUAACAUGUGUAGGUGAUUCGAGUGGACGGUGGGAUGGAGAUUUCGAA